UUCAACGCUUAUCGAUACCGGCAGGUUGAGAGGGCCGACUUGGCGAUUUCCCUGGCCCGGCUUUGCCUUGUACCUCCUCCCCUCCUGUUAGACAAUCAGGUCGUCGGAACGCGGCCGUCACGGUGACCAAUAGUGGCAACAUCCAGCUCGGCAUCGAGCCAGCGAGCCCGCACAACAACAACAACCCGCACCCGAGGCCAUCCGGACGAGGCUCGAGUUUUGGGACGGUACUUUCCGGUCAGGCACCGCCAAUCGCAGACCUCUAUGCACACCCUUAGUUCAGACCCGUGUGCCGUCUGGAACUCAGCAGCGCAUCUGGGGUAUACUCUGCAUUCCAGUCCCCUCCGCAGGCCAAAGCGCCCGCAAACGUCCACGCUCGCCUUGAUCUCAUGCCAAUAAAGACGAGCCUGACCCGAGCGCGCCGGCGGCCCACCCACAAGAGAGAGCCUAUCUCCAACCCAAUGGACAGGACCCGCCGCCGUGCUGAACCCAGGCCAGCCGACGAGGACGCCAGCUCGCUGUUCGCCGUCUCGGUACUCUACGAGCCACAAGAACCCGAAAUGUCGAUUCCCGACCUGUUUACCACCCGGCCUCCUAUCCGAGACACGCUCACCACUACAACCUCCACUGCCCAGGAUGCCACCGUUGCCGAGUGCCUGCCCUUCUUGGCCGCCGAGGUCCGUUCGGCGGCGGCGCCCAACCAACACGGCGUGCCGCGUCUUGAUCGGCAGCGGCACAUCAAGUUCCUUCGGAAAAACUUGGGGACGCUUCCUGGCCGGUAUGUCGCCUUUGACGCGAGCCGGCCGUGGAUCCUGUAUUGGUGCCUCAACGGUCUGUCCCUCCUGGGCGACGACGUCUCCAGAUACCGCGCCGACCUGAUCGCGACGGUCCGAUCUAUGCAGAACAGCACCGGGGGUUUCGGAGGGGGCGGCGGUCAUCACUCGCACCUGGCGUGCACCUACGCCAUCGUCUUGGCUCUGUCCAUCGUCGGCGGAGAGGAGGCGUAUGAAGUCAUUGACCGAAGGGCUUUGUGGAAGUGGCUCUGUAGCCUGAAGCAGCCGGGAGGCGGAUUUCAGAUGUCUGUUGGCGGAGAGGUCGACAUAAGAGGGGCAUACUGCGCGGCUGUCUUGGUCACCUUGCUGAACCUCCCGCUUGAUUUACCGCCCGGAUCGCCGGCCUGGGCAACCGAGAAGAAGCCGAAUUUGUUCACCGGGCUAGCUGAUUAUAUCCGUCAAUGCCAAAACUUCGAGGGCGGGAUUUCGGCGCAGCCGGGUGGCGAGGCACACGGAGCCUAUGCCUUCUGUGCUCUAGGGUGCCUUUCCAUCCUCGAUGCUCCUCAUCGUACCUUUUCAAGAUACCUCGAUGUUCCACUGCUGAUCUCUUGGCUAUCAUCACGGCAACAUGCUCCCGAGGGCGGGUUUAGUGGCCGCACGAACAAGCUUGUCGACGGUUGUUACAGCCAUUGGGUCGGCUGCUGUUGGCCAUUAAUCGAAGCCGCCAUCGCCGGCCCGUCGAGCCUCAUGUUUGACGUAAACAAAAGCAAGGGCCCCGACAGCAGCUCCGCGCACGACCUUUACAAUCGCGAAGGCCUCGUCCGCUACAUCCUCUGCUGCGCGCAGGAUCAGUCGAAAAAGGGUGGUAUGAGGGAUAAGCCAAGCAAAUCUCCCGAUGCGUACCACACUUGUUACGUACUUAGCGGGCUGUCCUCUGCCCAGCACGUUACACGUUUACUUACCUCGGAUGGCGAGGGGAUGAUGACGCAUUCCGAGUAUGACGUCUCGCCGCAUAUUGGGAAUCCUCAGAUUUACGAAGAAGAGGAUCGGGUCAACCCGACCGACCCCGUAUAUUUUAUACCUGAGGGGAAACGGAGAGAAGUCAUGUCAUACUUCCUGUCAAAGCCGGGAUUCUGACCCGCUUCUGGCCGCAUAUGAAGAGGCCAUAUCCGACACUACGCCGGGCCAAUACGAAGAAGGCUGAAAAUCUCCUUCGCGGUUCUGCAGCUUCUCGAGUUCUCGCCCCUACGAUUACGGAUGUCGGGAUUGUGGCCUUUUCACGUGUCGAGCUAUAUAUACAUCAUAGGUUCAAAUGCUCUCGUCUUGUAUAACAUAUAACAUCAUCAUGUCCUUGAUUAAGAUGAGCCAGCUCGUGUACCUGCCUGUCUAUCCAGAGGGGAAGGGGGAGGGGAAAGGGGAGAGAGGGGGGAAGGGCCAUUCCGGGAACGAAGGGACGUGAGAGGAGU